UGUCGGUGGAGAGACUUCCCAGAUGCCUGUGCGUCGACGGAAAACUUUUCAAUACAUGGACGACGACCGCCAUUCGGGUGGGCAAACGUCGCGUAUUGAGCGGGCAAAAAAAGGCGAAUUUGGGUGAUUUUGGCUAGCCUGAUGACCCUUACUCCUGCCCAAAUCAAAGAUAAGCUGACGAAGGCUCUAGAUGGCGAUAAAAAUGUUAUUGAUGAGAAAGCAGUUCAAGAAGUCAUUACACUUCUGGAGGCCAGUACCAUCACGAAGGAAAUUCUAGAGCAAACAAGACUUGGAAGAGACAUAAAUCUUGUUAGGAAAAUAAGCAAAAACCCUGAUAUAUCUAAAAGAGCAAAAAAUCUUGUUAAGGCAUGGAAGAAAUUAAUUCCAGUGCCAGGCUCUCCUCAAGUUGCAAAUGGCCAGCACCCGGUAAAAAAAAUAAGCCCUGGUUUGUCUCCUGCAUCAAGUCGGUGCAGUACACCAGUGACAUGCUUGCCAUCACCUGCCUUGAUAAUGAGACAGCAAGUUAUGAAAGGUGCUGGUUCUCGAAGUCCGGUGGUGCAACCAGUAGCCAGGGCUCCUCUUCCUCCUUCAAAAUUAGCUCAACACGACCUCAAGCAAAAACAAGGUUUAAGGUCUAAAUCUCCAAAGCCCAAUUCACUGAGGCAAGCUAGCAUAAAUGAUGAUUCUAAUUUAAGCUGGCCAAGAACCCCGCCAUCAAUGAACAGUGAGAGUAGCCAAGACAGACUAAUUGGUGAUAGAGAGAAUCAAGAUUCUGUUAAAUUUCCUAUAGGUUCUGACAGGCGAAAUUUCAAUUUUGAUAACAGUCAUUUAGUUCAUUCCACUGUGUCUGCAUCAAAGUCUGCUAACAGUUGUAAUAGGGCGUCGGAUCAAAGAGAUGUAUCAAAAACAAAUGUUGCUAAUCGUAAAAGAACGCGUCCAAUUCAUUUAGAAGAUUCUAAUGAUUUAUCAGCAGAACCAUCGUCUAAACAACCUCGUCUAGUUUCUUCAUCUCCAAGUCUUUCAAAACAAAUUAGAAGUGAUGUGAUAAAUGGGGAAGUUAAUAAAAAAAGUCAUAUUAAAUCCCCAGCUAUGGGUGUUCGUGACAGCUUAGUUGACCCCAAGACGUUUGCGGCUUCAACUAGAAGUGGCCGUCAAGAACUACCAGAUGCUUCCAUUACACAGAAUCGUUCUCAUCAAAAACUUCCACUUUCUAGACAAGAUAGUAUAGAUUCAAGAUUGUCUGUCCAAUCUUCAGACUCAAGGGGUUUCAGGGAAAAAUUGAGCAAAGUUAAAACAACUGAGCAGCUAAUUGAAGAUAUGCAGAGAAAAUCUGCCACAACUGUAGGUACAAGUAUUAUUGCUCAAAUUAGGACUAACCAAAUUAGAAAAGAUUUAGAUUCUCAGAAAAAUGUACCUCCUUCCUCUUCUAAGCGCAAAGGGCGCAAAAAAAGGGGAAGUGAAAUGGAACUACCUGAUACAGAGUCUGUGUCAGAUGGUAGGAAACUAGCUCAGACCAAAAGUGAAUACAUUGAAAGAUUUUUGCAGACAUCUGUUGCCCCCACUCCUGGAGAAGAUUCAUUUGAACAUUCAUUACAACCGUUGCGUCAAGAAGAGGAGCAGUCUUUAGUUUUAGGGGGAUGUAGUGCCACAUUCAACCAGUCGUCAUAUGAAUCUGGAUAUCCAUCCUACUCAAGUCGCCAAGAUAAACCAGACUCAGGUCCAUCAGCAAGUCCCCCAGAAGCGUGGGAUGUGCUGGAUCAUCCAAGUCACUUGCCUUCCACAUCUACUCUUGACACAUUGGAACGUUUGUCAGAAGAACAAUUGCUGGCACGUUUACCACCACUGGACCUGAGUAAUAUAGAUUGGGCCAUACAUGAUUAUCAGUCACCUGAACCUGUCCCGGUUACAGAGUCUCUUGUUAAGAGAUUACAUGAGGAACACUUAGAAGGUAUUAAUGGGACGUUUGAUCGUGAUGGUCAGUUUAAAUCCUGGCAUCAAAUGUUAACAAUGGAUUCAGUUUAUGAUGAACCACUGUACAUUUUACCCUAUGUGAUCCCAAAUGAUUGAUUGUUCCAGUUUGUUGAUUGUUGGUUGUGAAUGGCAUUGAAAUAAUCUGGGUGCCUCUUGCUUGAGUUUGCUGGUAUUUAUUUAGAAUAAAAUGAACGCUGAAAUGUAAAUCUUAGUCAAUUUUAAGAGCUACUUAUAAUGGCACUCCAAAGAGAAUUACCCAUUACUGAUCAGUGUUCCCUUAUCUUGACCACCUGUCUCAGAAAAAAGGCUAGAGAUUAUGAUUUUAGCAAGAUUUCUGAUCAUUCAGAAUGUCAAGUUUUGGUAUGAGGUUUUUACUUUUUAUAUAUGUAAACAUCUAUAUAAACACUUUAUUUUUCUGUGUACAAAAUAAAUCAAUUAUUGAGCUUAUUACCUAAACCAUCAUUUGUUUUUUAAACAAAUUGUGUAAUUAAACUACAGAACUUUUUAACUAGGUAUUUUUUUUAAAUAUAGAAAACAUUUGCAUUAUACUGUAAAUUUUAAAAAGAUCUAAUCUGUCCUGGCAAAAACUGAUUGAUAGAAGUAGAAUGCAAAAAUAUUGAACAUGAAUUAGCAGGCACUUCUUGGUUUAUUUAAUUUUACAUGCAAAUAUUCAGUAGGAUUGUUUAGUUGCUAAUAUUUUCCUAAAACAAUUAAGGAUCAUAUAUACAUCAUCUAAAAUGUUGAAUUUUAGAAGAUUAUUGUAAAAUCAACAAGUGCCUGUGUUAGAAUGAUCUAUUUUAUUUUUAUGCUAUUUUCUUUGAAAACCUUGAAAAAAAAUAUGUAAGGUGUCCUUUGAAUUGUGAUUACUUUUUGUAGAUUUUUUAUGACAUUAACAACUUUGUUCAUUUAUAUGGCUUGGCAUAAAUCUCAUUUUUGUUUCUAAAUAUCUCAUGAUUACUACAUAAUUGAUUUUCGUUAUUUUCACUGCAGUUAUAUUGUUUGUCUUCAGAAAGAUAAGACAUAAACGUGUGUUAGGCAUGGUACAUUGUCUAGCUCAUCAAACAGUUGUGUAAUGAAAAGUUAUGUUGUACAACAGUUAGCAAUAACAAAGCAAAGUUUAUAUGAUCUCUUUGAAAUUACUAAUAAAAAUUUAAACAUGUAUUCCGCCUGUUGCUGCCUAAUUUUCAAAUUUCUUCAUGAAAUUGCUGUACCAUUUUACAAGUUUUUCCAAAUGUCACUUAAAAACAAAUUAAGCCACAUAUGAGGUGCUAAUAAAUAUUAGGAUAAAAUUGUAUAUUGAUAAAUCAUUUUUAUUUUAAAAAUUUAGUUUCAAAAUGUAAAUUGUAUUAUUAUUGGCUUUGUUUAGUAUUACUAAAACCCGAAUUCUACAAUAUUUUGGAGUUUAUAUGAACACUUUAGAACAUGUAAUAUUUGACUACAAAUGUUGCUGGAGCUCGCAUAUUUUUUUAACUUUUAGUUUAUAACUUGUUGCAUUUUUUAAAAGCUAAAUGGCUGGUAUUUCAGUAUCAUAGUACCAAUCACAAAGUGCUAAUGAUAUUAAAUCCUCAAUAACUUUAAUCAUAUUGAAGCUUAGAAAUUUCUGGGUUGAAAUUGUGUUAAUGUCUAUCCUUUUUUUGUUGUAAAUUUGGAUUCGUUUCAAAAUGGGUCUUGUGAGCAUCAACUACCCAGCUUAACUGGGAUUGUUAGAUGUGUUGAUUUUGUUACAUCAUAAUUAUUAGCAUUAUUCAGUCAGUUGCCUAGUGAUGAUUAUAAUUUUUUUUUAUCUGUGCAGUUAACUAAACUAUGCAUUCAAUUUUUUUUUAAAAUUGGGAUUUGAAGAAAAAAAAAUAGCAAUUUGUUUUUAAAAAUGUUCUGCUGAUCUGAAUGUGAUGGUAUGUUUAUACCAUACUUCGACUGAUCCUCUGUGCUGUACCCAUUUCUUGCACAUUCCUAUAGCAAGUCUGAAUGGCUGGUUUUUUUAUUGUCAGAUUUAAAUUUUAAAACAAAUCAUGUAUAAAAAAAACCUCACUUUGUUUUCUAGUGGGUUGAUUAAUAGCAUUUCUGGUACUGUUUAUGCUUGUAAACAACUCACAUUAGGAGAAAUACAUUUGUCAAUAUAGACUAUUUAUUUCUGUGAUGCUAGUUUGGGAAUUAUUUGUGUGGAUGCUUAUUGUAUGCCUAUGACCACAGUGUUUUGAGUAAAAGUUUAUUGGGGGUGGAUUCUUAUUAUUUUUGUUAUUGUGAAAUGGCUGGAAAAUUGGUGUGUACUGUUGUUGUACAUAUAUCCUUAGCCUUUGACAUGUCAAACAUUUCUAAUGACCAGAAUAAAAUCUAUACUUAUU